UCACACAAUAACUUUCAACAUCACUUUGAUCUAACAAGUAGAAAUACUAUGUUCUUUCGUAGAUUUAUAGCCUUUAUGGUUAUCCUGAUCAUAUAGUAGUGCUUUUGCGUAAAAUUAGGUGAGUUUAUUGAACUGCAUUUUAAAAAGAAAGGAGCAUAUAUUACUUAAACAGUAUGCAGACUAUCCAAUGAUUGACACUACUUGUGAGUGUUCGAAAAUGAAGUUGGCCUUUGAAGUUCAUGUUCCACUUACCGACAGAAGGACGGAUUUAGCACCAGUACUUCUAAUUCAUGGAAUGAUGGAAAGCCGAAGAACGUGGAAGAAUGUAGCACCUUAUAUUGCCAGUUACACGAAAAGAAAAGUUCUUGCAGUCGAUCUCAGAAAUCACGGAGAAACUGCUUGGAGUAAAGAACUCAAUUUCGAAGUUAUGAGAGAAGACAUUGAAGAAUUUUUAUCAUAUCAUAAUAUACCAAAAGCAAUUGUUAUCGGACACAGCUUAGGUGGAAUUAUAGCCAUGUCAUUCGCCCUAAAAUAUCCCCACAAAGUUGAAAUGCUAAUUUUAGAAGAUACUUACACGAAAAAAUUGAAACCGGCACCAGAUGGGGUAGUUGCUCAAUUGUUGAAUGGAGGACGAGAAGCACUGAAUGUUGUUCCAGAAGGAGCAGACUUAACAACAGCCAAAGAGUGUAUUCGAAAAUUUCUAUUUAACUUAUGUCCAGAAGAACUUGCUGACAAAAGCAAAGAAGAAAACUACUCAUUAGACAUGAUGCCGUUUACUAUAAGGGGCAAUUCCAUUCAAUGGCAAGGGGAUCUCGAAGGAUUAUUUGAUAUGGUGUCAACAAAUAAAAUUGAACACGAAUUAAAUGGUGUCUAUGGAGGUGAUACAAUGUUUCUUUAUGGAAGUUUAUCCUUUUACAAAAUAUACAAGGACAAAAGGAUUCCCCAAUUGUUUCCUAAAGCAAUUUUACGAAAAGUAGAAGGAGCUUCCCACUUUAUUCACAGUGAAAAACCAGACAUUUUUGUUAAUGAAGUUGUGAAUUUCAUCCAGGAACAUACUGAAAAUAAAUCUAAAUACUGAUCACAAGGACGCAGCAACAGUUCAGUACUUUUUUCUUUCACGGGUUACUUUGUAUUUUUAUCUCCGUUGAAACAUAAAGCACAGGCGUGUGCAGUGGAAUGACUCAGGGUGUCGUGGUACCCUCACUAGUCUAAAAUACACAAACGACGGUGCGAAAUAAGACAUGUUUGCCUUUUUUAAUUUACGGACUUAAUGUAUAAGAAAUCUAAAAAAAGAAUUCUUAUGUGUUUAAUUUUCUAAAAUAUUUCAUGGUGGUCACAUAAGUUUCCCAUUUUUUAACGUUAAUUACCCCCACUAUACUUUAAAGCCUUUGACAGUGGGUAGUUUGUGUUACCCUCAAUUCCAAUGAAGUGUACACGCCUAUGGCUUUCAGAAUAAAGUAGGAUGUCCGAAAAGUCCUCAACAUAUUUUAAAAUUUCAUAGAUAAGCAAGAAAUUCGCAUGAAUAUGCGGUAUGAGCUAUAAUACUUCACUGGUUCAAGAAUUUGUUAAUGACAUCCUUAGAAGAAAAAUAAAAGGAAAACAAGAAAAAGAAGAAAAAAGAGAAAAGAAAAAAGUGUAAAGAAAAGCUAUAAGUAAUCGCUGUAUCGUCACAGUAAGGAAAACAAAUGGUAUGUGAGAUGUUUAAUCACUACAUUAAACAGACGGUUUGCGCCAUAAUACAUCACAGGUUCAAGAAUUUUUUUAGGACAUCGUUAGAGAAAAAAUUAAAACAAAAAAAAAGAAGAAAAAAGUGUAAAGAAAAAUUACACCUCGAACCACAUCUAGACGUUACUCAAGUUUAUCUCAUGUACCUAAACUGGUACACACAUUGAACUCUGGUAAUGAAAGCUUUCUGUUUUAUACAAUGGUUAAGCACCUCGCAUGACAUUUGUUUUUCUUACUGGGAGGAUACAGCAAUUAUUUAUAAUUACAGUUUUUCCCCUUUUUUUUCAAGAUGUUAUAAAAAAUUUCUUGAACCAAUAAUAAUUAUCGCACAAACAGCAUCUUCAUACCCCAAUUUGUAGCUUUUCUAUAAAUUUUUAAAAUGUGUCUCAUUCUCAAGAAAAAUACAUGUAAAUAUGAUGCAAUGUAAAUAUUCAAAAUAUUUAUGUUUUUGACUUGUACUGGAGAAUUUUAUAAUAAAAAAUUAGA